AUGAAGCACGUAAGAUGGGGAGGAAUCCUCCAGAGGAUCGCUCUUGCGUAUUUGGUGGUUGCAGUUCUAGAGAUUGUUACAAAAGAUGCAAAGAUUCAGGAUCAGUCAAGCUCAGGCUUCUCUAUAUUCAGAAUGUAUUUUUCCCAAUGGAUUGUUGCAUGCUGCAUUCUAGUGAUCUACCUGUCCCUUGUCUAUGGUAUUUAUGUUCCUGAUUGGGAAUUCAGAGUGCGAAAUGUUGACAGCCCAAACAAUGGGAAAGUUUUAACAGUGACGUGUGGUACAAGGGGGAUACUAGACCCUCCUUGCAACGCUGUAGGUUACAUUGACCGCAAAAUCCUUGGGAUCAAUUACAUGUACCAGAAACCAGCAUGGAGAAGGCACAGGGCCUGCACUGAUGAUUCCCCACAUGAGGGUCCUUUCAGAAACGAUGCCCCAGCAUGGUGUGUUGCGCCAUUCGAACCUGAAGGGAUACUAAGGCUAACAGUACUGCUUUUGUCGAUUCCGCAGCUCACUUUCUGCGGUGUUGAGUACGAUCAUAGGUGUUCACUAUGGGCAUGUGCUUGUCCAUAUGAAGGUGAUAUUAUGGUGUCAUGUCAGAAAGCAGAGGUCGCAACACGCUUAAUGACAUAUGAAGCAGCAGUUACAUCUGCGUCACCGCCGGCUGCACCUGGUCCGUCAGUGUCUCGCUUCUGCGUCUGA